CAAGUUAUGCUCAUAAUAUCGCAAAUCUUGGUAGAUAUUUUGUUGAAUAUAAGCCUAUCAAGCCUAUCUUUCGAAAGAGUGGAAAACAGAAAGAUGGUAAUAAUUCGGGACCAACUCUACCAGAUAAAGUUCAAGGGGGAAAAACCAACUUUGCAAACGAAAAUAUUAAAAAUGAAAAAUUUUUUCUCUAG